AUCAAGGCUUUCUGGACGAGGAUAGCGUGUCGCCUUUCGCCAGGAUAGCCUGUCUGUGCCUCUUACCGACCUUCAAAGAGGCGGGGAAGAAAAAGAAAUCGAAGUUGCCAAUUCCACACCUGCGAAGAGGUGUGCGCUGCAAGCGUUUGGUCCAUGCUCUGACGUCACACCUGCCCAGAGGGCGUACACCUCGAUCGCCGAAGAUGGCAUUCCUGGGACGUGUGUUCAGCGUGCUUUGGAUCGACGCACUGCGCAUAAUGCUCGGCACCGCAGCCUACUACUUCUGCAUAUUCGCAAGGAUUCCAGCUCUCGAACUGCUGAUCGACAGCACAGGGAAAACAGACCUGAUGAUCUCGUCCCUGCUCUUCAUAGCAACAUGCGUCGCCGAGUGUCUCCUGUCUUCGUACAACAUGGAUUUGAUUGUCUUCAGCGGAAGCCGCAUCAGGUCGCUCCUACAGGGAGUAAUCUUCAGAAAGGCGACGCUGCUGCCACCCGCGGCUGCCCAACCCACUGGCUACGUGGCUUCGAUACUGGCCGUGGACUGCGUGCAGCUCUACCAGUGCGUCUACGCCCUGCCGCUGCCUUUUUUCGGUGUCUUGACGCUGCCGCUGCUCUUCUGGAUGUUGUCGGAGAGGGCGGGCGUUGUGCCCGCGAUGUGCUGCGCAGCCUGGGCGUUCGUGACGCUCCUGGCACCCUUGGCCUUACUGUACGCACAAAAUCGCUUCUGGGACGUGCAAAUUCAUGCUCGCGACGAGAGGCUGAAGUCAAUGACGGAUCUCCUGUCCAACAUCCGGGUCGUGAAAAUGUAUGCCUGGGAAGACGUAAUGCAAGAGAACGUGCUUCGAUCGAGGAAAGUGGAGCUAAGAAGCCUGCUUGCGAUCAACAUGCUCAACGCUGUCCUCGAUGCCCUGUGUAGCUCCUGUAGUGUCGUGACCACGAUUAUCCUCUUCUCAACUAUGUCAAUCUUCGAGCCUGAACGUGCACUCAAUCCUCAGCUGUCUUUCUCGUGCAUUUCUUUGUUGUACAUCACCGACCUGACGGCCAGUAACCUUCCCAUUGCCUUUAGGAACAUCAGCAAGGCCGCGGUUGCACUGAGGCGAAUCUCUGGAUUUUGCACCACAGAAGAAUAUGGCGAGGAAAAGGUAUCGCAAGUGAACGACUGCUUCAGUCAGAAAGGAGCCGUGAGCCUGGAAAAGUGCACGCUGGCAUGGAGCCGCUCGACGCAAAAAUCCGCGGAGCCGCAGCUGAGAAACGUGACGCUCAGCGUCGAACCCGGAUCGCUCGUGGGAAUCGUUGGCUUCGUCGGCAGCGGCAAGUCAUCGCUACUCUCGGCCAUCCUCGGAGACAUGCAGUGCCUGGAAGGCAGUGUUGCACACACGGGCCGCAUAGCGUACGUGCCACAGUUGCCCAACGUGCACAACAUGACCAUACGGGACAACAUUCUCUACGGCCGGCCCAUGCAUCCGAGCAACUACGAACGCGUACUUCGCCGCUGCCAGCUAAUGAACGACCUCAACAAGAUUCCAGCGGGGGACGCAGCAGAAGUGGGCGAGAAGGGAACCAAUCUGAGCGGUGGCCAGAAACAGCGAAUAUCACUGGCUCGCGCGGCGUACAGCAACAGCGACGUGUACCUCCUCGACGACCCCCUCAGCGCACUGGACCCCGUGGUGGCCAACAGCAUUUUCCGCGAUGUCCUGGGUCCAUCCUCCCUUCUCAGGAACAAGACCCGCAUUAUGGUUUGCAACCAAGGAAAGUACUUGGGUCACAUGGAUAAAAUUGUAUUCGUCCACGAGAAGAAAGCAACGGUGUACGCAUCUGUUGACGACCUGCUGAAAGACCCAGCGUCGCCGCAGAAUUUCCGCACGGCUUUAAAGCAAAGGCUGAUGUCAUCCACUGCCGCGGAAAACACUGCGCUUGAUCAGGAUGAAGAAAACGACGCUGCUGGACGAAUAACGGAAGAAGAACUGGCUGAAUCAACCAAGACCGGCUUGCAGCUUCUCCUGGCUCUCGUACGUUGCUCGCAAUGGCCCGCCGUGGCGGGUGUGGCCGUGCUAGCCGCGGCAGCCGUGGCAAAUGGGAUGCAGCAACUUUGGAUGAAGUCGUGGACGGACGCCUCCGCCGCUGACCCCGACGGCGCAGCAGCGGCACGGUGGUACUGGGUCGGAGGACUCGUCGGCAUCUGCGUCGCCAACGUGCUGUGCCGCCUGCUGGGAGGCGUGCUGUUGGCGGCCGCGGCGCGUUUCAUGUCCGGCUCGCUGCACCGCGCCAUGCUGGAAGGUGUGCUUCACAGUCCGGUGUCUUUCUUCGACGCGUCGCCCAGGGGCCGGGUGCUGAACCGGUUCGCCGGGGACAUGGACAUCGUGGACGCCGAUGCGUUUAUUUAUACCAAGCAGUGCAUUCAGGGGUCGCUGAUCACAGUCGCCAGCGUCGCGGUGGUUGCCACGCAGGCGCCCCUGGUGGUAGUGGUCACUGCAGUUGUGGCCGUCCUCAUUGCAAAGGGCAUUGUGAGCAACUUUUUGUUUUAUCUGCGCACCGCGGUUUCACAAAAUGUGGAAAUCCUCGUCAGGGGCUGUUUAAAAGUAGCAGUGUGUUGCCGUCUGCUCUUGCCUUUCCGAUCCUGGCAGAGCAUGGCCCUGACAGCGUCGCAGAGUUCACGCUUCUACGAGAGCGUGUCCAAUUCGAAGCUGCUGCAGCACAUGACCGAGACCCUGGAGGCGCUGAGCAGCGUGCGAGCGUACGGCGUCCUGGACCGGUUCCGGCGGCACUUCUUCCGUCUCGAUGACAUGUGCCUGCGCGGUUAUUCGUCCUACUGCGCCUGCUACCGUUUCACGCGUUCCCUGAUGGCCGCGGGCGGGUUCGUGGUCGUGCUCGCAGCUAUGCUCUUCAACACCGUGGGCACGGCGACGCCCGACCCGAGCAGCUUGGGACUCGCCCUCAGCUCAGCCACGUCGAUUCCGCUGGCACUGGUGACCCUUUGCCUGAUGCUGUUCGGCACGCUCCAGAUAAUGGUGUCCUUCGAACGUUGCCUGGAGUACACGGAGCUGCCGCCUGAGACUGAUGUCGGCAGGACCCCUGGAGGAGAAAAGCCAGCGUUGGGCUGCCUGGCCUUGUCGGAGAAUUGGCCGUCGGAAGGUAGAGUCGCGUUUCAGGACUACUCCGCUUCGUACCGACCUGGAGUCGCACCGAACGUUCUCAACAGCGUCACUUUCACUGUCCAGCCUAUGCAGAAGGUGGGCGUCGUAGGACGGACGGGGGCCGGGAAGUCUUCUCUCGUACUGGCCAUUUUGCGCAUCCUGAGAGCUUCGCAAGGACGCAUCCUCAUCGACGGCGUCGACAUUGCGGAAGUUCCACUGAAAAGACUGCGCCGCGCCGUCACCGUCAUUCCGCAGGACCCCAGCCUAGUCCGAGGCACGUUGCGCAUUAACUUGGACCCGACAGGCUCACACUCCGACGACCAGCUGUGGCAGGCGCUGCCGCAAGUCCACCUGGAACUCUUCGUUAAAGGUCACCCAGCCGGACUGGACAUGGAGACCGCUGACGGGGGCACAAACCUCAGCGUCGGUCAGCGGCAGCUGGUGUGUCUCGCCCGCGCCCUGCUGCGUGGCUCCAAGGUGCUGCUGCUGGACGAGGCCACCUCGCAGAUGGACGGCGACACGGACCGCCUCAUCCAGGCGACGCUCAGGGAGUCCUUCGGGAACAGCACGCUGAUCGCCAUAGCACACCGAAUAAACACCGUGCUCGACUACGACAGAAUACUCGUCAUGGAUGACGGAAGAUUGAGGGAGUACGACACGCCCGCCUCUCUGCUCUCCGAUCAUAGUAGCUGCUUCUACAGGAUGGCCACGGACGCUGGCGUCGCGACCGAUCGAAGAGAUCACCUGCUCGCCAUCACAUCGUUGUGACAAGACCUUUCUAAAUAAACAUUAGA